UUUAUAUAUUUUAUUAGUUGUAUGUUAUAAAUGUUAAUGUUUAAUAUUUUUAUCUGCAUACUUGCUACCCCACUACUUGACGAAGUGGUAUAGCAAAUUCAUCAUAAUUUUCCUUGUCUCAUGCACUGCACCGAAUUUCUAUAAUCACGGCAUGAUUUCGUAUUUCUCUCUCUACUAUAUUUUAUAUUAGAUUAGUUUCUAUAAACAAUUGAAAUUUUAAUAUAUUAUGGCUAAAAAUGGAAAUGUUAUCAUACUCAUGCCAAAUGGACAUCGACGUAACGUGAAAGUUACACCAAACACUACAAUAUUACAAAUUUUGGAAGAAGUUUGUAAUAAACAUGGUUAUGAUCCAGAUGAUUACGAUGUCAAACACUUUCGCCGUGUAUUGGAUCCUAAUGCAAUGUUACGGUUCGCGGGACUAUCAAACAAUGCACAACUAGAAAUGAUACCUUGUACAAAGAAACGUUCCACAUUGACAGUGACAAUAGCUAUACAAUUAGAAAACGGAGAACGAAAAAUGGGUGAAUUCAUGUCUAAUAUAACGUUACUUGAAAUUUUGCAACAACUAUGUCUUGACCAGGAUCUUGAAAAAACUCUAUUAACAUAUAUGCAUCGAGAGAUUUAUGGAAUAGAAGCUUUGAUGAACGCAACUUUAAAGUCGCUAGGAAUUACUAACGGUAAAGCUGUAUUGCGCUUAAUGUACAGAGAUCCUCAACAAACAGACUGUCAGACUUCAACAAUUGAUUCUAAUAAAACAUCAAAUGUUACGACUCCAUUGACAAAAGAAACACAGAAAUCAAAACAAUCGGAAGUACGUUCUCAGAGUGUAAUAGAUAACACGCAAGAAUUAACAACUUUAGAUAAAGGAAACGAAAUUCUUACAACAGAGGAAUGUCAGUCGAUGCCAUCAACUAGUACAAAUUACGCCAUUGCUAGAAGUGAAAUUAUAUCGAAACCAUCCACUACGAAUGGAAUAACAGAUACAAAUGAAAUAGAAUUUUUGGGCGAACGAAAUGCUAUGGUAUUCAAUCUUGAUAUUAUUGAAGCAUUACCUGAAGACGAAGUGCCAGAUGUUUUUUACGAUGUAACAGUUGAUGAUGCAAAAGUAAUAUUAAGAGAUUUUAAACGUCGCAGAGAAGAACUAGAAGAAGCCCCUUUUUUAACAAAAGUUCAACGAGAAUUAAACGAAGAAAUCAGAACCUUGAGUCAAUUAAAUAAGUAUCAUUAUACGAUAAUCCGUAUACAAUUUCCAGAUCAGUUUGUCCUUCAAGGAUUGUUCCGACCACUGGAAACUGUACAAGCGAUAAAAGACUUUGUAAAAAGCUACUUGAGCGAUCCCAGUAGCGAGUUCCUAAUUUUUACUACUCCACCAAAACAUAUUUUAAAUAGCAGUGCACGUUUAAUUGACGAAGAUUUGGUACCUUCUGCUAUCAUUCAUUAUUCUGGGCAAUCUGCUCUUAGAUCUGAUAUAAAACAAAAAUUAACGGAUCCUAAAGACGUUGAAAUGCAAGUUACUAAAGUUAGAGUAUCGAUGACAAACCAACAAAGUGAAACAGUUAACAAAGACGCGAACGUUACUGAUCCGGCAUGUAGUAAACCAGUUAAGGUUUGUAAUGCAAGUACUAGCGAAUCGAAACAAAACAAAAUACCAGCGUGGUUAAAUCUACCAUUUAAAAAGUAAACCAACUUUGUGAUUGUUAAUAAAUUCAAGUAAUUAUAAGUAUUUUAUUAAUAUUUAUGUAAUCUAAAGAAAUAUAACGCGAGUGAACAGUUAUAUUUGCAUUGAAACAAGUAUCGUCCUUCCGCGAAAAGAAGGCACAGCGU